AUGGACCCUCUUUCGCUGGCAGUUAACAUAGUUCCGCUAUCCGAACAGCUGAUCAAGACAAUAAAGACCAUCAAAAAGCUAAUUGCGACUUACAAGAGUGCUGCAAAUAAGCUCAGCCAUGUCAAAGUUGUCUGUGAGUCAAUUGGGGCGGUACUGUCAACAGCAUGUCUAUCAGACAGUCACUUCAGUUCAUCACGUCUUCCUUCUUCGUUGUAUGAAAUGAUUCACGACUGCUACGAGAAGGUGACGGAUAUUCACAACAUUAUCCAAAGCGUCACUGAAAAGCGCGAUAAAGGUGGUGGUCUAUUCAGCAACGAAGGUUUACUGUUCUUGCAGAAUAAAGAAAAGAUCAUGGCCGGUGUAAAGAACUUGGAUUAA